AUGGAAUAUGUCCUUGUAAUCACCGCGCAGAAUGCGCUGUUCAUUCUCAGCGGCGCCGUAUCUCUCUGGGCACUCAAAACAUAUUGGCAAUACCGUCGAAUGCUCGCUUCCGUCGCGUAUACACCUGGUCCAAAGACGUUUUUCCCUGGUACCACGCCUCUUGCACGGCUGCUGCCUGAUAUGCCGCCUGUGAACCGGACGUCGGAUUGGUCGUGGAAGCUCAAGUAUAAUGCGUUUAAGCCGUAUGGGAUGGAUGUAUUAGCUUCCUUUACGUUUUGGCCCUCUGCACGUCUCGGGUUCCACAUUGGGGAUGCAAAUAUAGUCAAGGAGAUAAUGACACACCAUUCCUCGUUCCCUAAACCUGUCAUCGCGUAUGAGCCUUUGAACUAUUUUGGUCGUAAUGUUCUUUCGACAGAGGGAGACGAGUGGCGUCGACAUAGGAAAGUCGUCCAGACAUCGUUCAACGAGCGGAACAACAAACUUGUGUGGCGUACGACUCAGGAAUUGGUUUUGGAGCUCAUGGAGAAUGUUUGGGAUGCUGAAGAGGCCAUUGAAGGGGUCGUCAAAGUUCAGGAUGGUGCUGAACUCACGAGGACAUUGGCCUUGAUGGUCAUUAGCGCAACUGGAUAUGGGAUGAGGUUUCCUUGGAAAGAUAAUGGUGUUCCUCCCCCAGGCCAUUCUAUGACGUUCAAGAAGUGCAUACACUAUAUCCUCAAAGGCUUCAUCCAUCGUCUCGCUCUACCUGACUGGAUUCUCGACUGCUAUCAAUUAGGUCGUGAUACCAAGACGGCGUACAAAGAGUUUGGCAUCUAUAUCCGAGACAUGAUUGACACGCGUCUCACAUCUCCAGGCGAACACGACGAUCUCUUCUCCAAUCUUCUGAGAGCACGAGAGGCUGAAAAAGAGUCGGGCGUAACACUGUCAGAUGAAGAGCUAGCCGGAAACAUAUUCAUCCUUCUUAUGGCUGGACACGAGACGACAGCAAAUACACUCGCUCUUACCCUCAACUAUUUGGCCAUGUAUCCCGAGGUACAAGAGAAAUGGCAUCAGCAGGUCAUUGAGUAUACGAAACCGGGGCAUUUGCCUGACUAUGCCGAUAUACCAAAACUGACGUACGGGAUGGCGAUUAUCCAAGAGGUGCUUCGACUCGUGCCUGUGGCACCAACAAUCCCAAAACAAUCUGCAUUCAAGACUCACUUUACAACCCGUACUACUGAGGGAGGUAUCAAGAACAUCCCAGUUCCAGAGGGGUCGAACCUGCUGAUCAAUGUCGUUGGUCUGCACUACAACCCCAAAUAUUGGGAGGAUCCAAUGGAAUUCAGACCAGAACGGUUCCUCAAAGAACACACUUACAACAAGAAUGCAUGGUUGGCAUUCUCUGCAGGACCCCGUUCCUGCAUCGGCAGAAGAUUUGCAGAGGUCGAGAUGUUGGCCUGUCUCGCGCUUAUCAUUCAGCGAUACAAGAUCGAGCCAACGAUGCUACCUAAUGAGACAAUGGAAGCGUGUCGUGCGCGAUUCAUGAGCGUCGAGCGGGUCACCUUUGUCGUCCAGGCGAAGAGUGUUGGCUUGACCCUUCGUCGUCGCUACUGA